AUGGUGAAUCUGCUUUCCAUUGCUGAUAUCAAGCCAAAAAUGAGGGGUUGGUCAGUGCAUGUUAUUGUUCAGGAAAAAAUGCAUAUCGCUUCUUCACAGAAAUCCCCUACAAGAUACCAAAAAUUUGUUUUCUCUGAUGACCAGGGAUCAAGAGUUGAGGAAAUUAUGUUUAAUGCUGCUAUUGAAAAGAUGGGAUCAAAGCUUCAUACUUUUAAGAAGUAUCUGAUAUCAAAUGCCGAUGUUAGAGAAAUUGAGGAACAAUAUCAGACUAAUGGCCUUGCUAUUCAAUGGGUAAUAAGUGCAAAAACUGUGGUUGAGGAGCUCAGUGAACAGGGAAGCUGUGUUUUGACUAACGAGUUUACUCCUAUAAGCUUUAAAGACUUGGCCAGUUACGCUGAUUCAAAGUCACAAACUGUUGAUAUUAUGGCUGUGGUUGUUGACUCAAUGCCUGUGAUUCCAAUCAAAAGGGAUUCACAGGAAUCCUUUGUCCAGAGAUUUCUCAUUGUGAAUGAAGAGAUGGUCCCUACUGUUCUAUCUCUAUGGAAUACAUUUGUUGAAAAUGAAGGAAAGCUGCUUACAGAUCACCACAGCAAGCAUCCAGUUCUUAUAUGCCGCAGGCUUAAAGUUGUCACAUACAAUGGAAUAGCACUCUCAACAAGAAAUGACUCAGUCAUUGUUGUUGAUCCUCCUGUUAGAGAUGCUAGAAGUCUAAAAAAUUAA